AUGUCCUUCCAACGUGUUGGUCUGCGCUUUGCGCAGCAGAUGCGUGCCUUUGGCCCUCGACAGACUUUCCGAUCCAGCCUUCAACAACGGUUCGCCAGUACCGCCCCGACUCCUCCUGGACAAGCAGGAAGCAAGUUGGUCGGACCCCAGGACAAUGCUUUCAACCGGGAACGAGCUGCAGUGAAGGCCCACGCUGCUGCAACAAGUGAUCUCUGGCGUAAACUCUCCAUCUAUGUCGUUGUCCCUUGCCUGAUUCUCGGAUCGAUCAACGCCUGGAACCUGUGGAAUGAGCAUUGGGAGCAUUGGGAGCAUCUGCCUCCCUUGGAAGAGCGUGUCGAAUAUCCCUAUCAAAACAUCCGGAUGAAGAAUUUCUUCUUUGGAGAUGGUGACAAGACCCUCUUCUGGAACGACAAGGUCAACUACCACCACAAGGACAAGCAAACGUAG